AUGGCAGCCAAACUUGUAGUAGCCUUGGCGUGUAUUGCGCUUUGCAAUUCUACCCCUGUCUUUUUAAAUGGAUACUUAUUCCGUGAUGGACGCGGCUAUUCAAUCGGUCAAGGCUAUACAAACCACGGCGGUCAGGCGACGGGGUCAGCUUCUAUCAACGGAGGAGUUCUUCAUGCUUCAGGAACAGCGACAUCAAAUGAACAGAAUCCUUUAAUUAGGAACUAUGGUUAUGAAGCUUACCCCGGGCAGGCUGUCGCUAAAGCUGAAGUACACGACACUCAACACAUACCAUUUUACGGUUCCGCCAAAGCAGUCGCUGAUGUUCAUAAUGUGCCAAGUUAUUACGUACCAGCUCCUGCUACCGUCGUAGCAUACGAACAAAAUUUCGACGUACCAUCUCAAAUAAGAUACGAAAUUCCCGUUGGUGGAGUAGUUGCUGAAUCUUCUGCUACCAACGAUGGAAAUUCAGAAACUUCGGUUUCUUCUGUAAGGACUGACGGCUCUGGGUCUGCUGAAUCCUCUGCAAACACCAAUGGAGCUAGCAAUGUCGGAGUAACUUCCUCUAACGCAAAGACUUAUGGUGGAAUUGGAUCCGCCAUUUCGACCGCUAACAACGCACAUGGAGUAGGAAUAACCGCUACAAGGACACAAGGCUUCGGUUCAGCUGCUUCUAAAUCUCAAAACAACUUUGGUCAAGUAUCCGCUGCAUCACAAACAAACGGUGGAUACGCAAGCUCCUCAGCUAACAAUAACUUAGACUCUGCUGUCGCUAACGCUGACUCCCAGGGCUAUGGCUCCGCAUCCUCUAACGCCGAUAUCAACAAUUCCCACGAAUAUGUUAUUAGCGCAGCUAAGAACUUUCCCGCUAGGGGAAUACACUGGAGAUUUGGCACUGCUUAUGGCACUCCAUCUGGACAAGUUCGCGCUGCUAGCCAAGCUAAUGGUGGUUCUGCCAAAUCUUCCGCUGAAUCCAAUGGAUUCGGCUCAAUCAGAACGGUCGCUGAUACACAAGGCCAAGGCUCUGCCAACGCUAAUGCUAAUUUGAAUGGAGCUGGUUAUUUCAAUUCCGUAGCUAACAGUAAUGGACUCGGUGGUUCUGCCAAAUCUUCUGCCAACACUAAUGAAUAUGAACAGGCUAUCCCUGUAUACUCUAAUGGUAUUGGCAAUGUCAAAUCUACUGCCAACAUUUACGGACCUGGCUACGGUAAUGCCAAUGCUCAUGCUGAUGUUGAUGCUGCAGGGCAUGGCUUCGUUUCUUCUGCUGCCAAGGGUUACGGAUCAGCGAAUUCCAUCGCUAACGGACCAGCUUAUGGCGCACUACGUGUUGAUGGACAUGCUCCCUACUUACGCGGUUCUUCUCAUCUGAACGCAAAUGCUCAAACUACUGGUCAGGGUUCUGCUACUUCAUCUGCUAGAAACCAAGGUCUAAACACAGCCUAUAGGGUUGUCAACUCUGCAGCUAACACUUAUGGUGUAGGCUCAGCUAACGCCAAUGCUAGUGCC